GGCCCAAGGAAAGGCGGGAGAUGCUUCUUCCUGAUUGGCCCUCCUUUGGCGGGUUCAGACAGUGCCCAGUCAAGGAGGGGAGAAGAACCCGGAACCGGCGCCAUUAAGCAAGUUCUUUCCUGCACUAAUCACAAUUCUUGGAAGAGGAGAACUGGACGUUGUGAACAGAGUUAGCUGGUAAAUGUCCUCAUAAAAGAUCCAAAAAAUGAGACUUCUAGCAAAGAUUAUUUGCCUUAUGUUAUGGGCUAUUUGUGUAGCAGAAGAUUGCAAUGAACUUCCUCCAAGAAAAAAUACAGAAAUUCUGACAGGUUCCUGGUCUGACCAAACAUAUCGAGAAGGCACUCAGGCUAUCUAUAAAUGCCGCCCUGGAUAUAUAUCUCUUGGAAAUAUAAUAAUGGUAUGCAGGAAGGGAGAAUGGGUUGCUCUUAAUCCAUUAAAGAAAUGUCAGAAAAGGCCCUGUGGACAUCCUGGAGAUACUCCCUUUGGUUCUUUUAGCCUCACAGGAGGAAAUGUGUUUGAAUAUGGUGUAAAAGCUGUGUAUACAUGUAAUGAGGGGUAUCAAUUGCUAGGUGAGAUUAAUUACCGUGAAUGUGACACAGCUGGAUGGACCAAUGAUAUUCCUAUAUGUGAAGUUGUGAAGUGUUUACCAGUGACAGCACCAGAGAACGGAAAAAUUGUCAGUGGUGCAAUGGAACCAGAUCGGGAAUACCAUUUUGGACAAGCAGUACAGUUUGCAUGUAACUCAGGCUACAAGAUUGAAGGAGAUAAAGAAAUGCAUUGUUCAGAUGAUGGUUUUUGGAGUAAAGAGAAACCAAAGUGUGUGGAAAUUUCAUGCAAAUCCCCAGAUGUUAUAAAUGGAUCUCCUAUAUCUCAGAAGAUUAUUUAUAAGGAGAAUGAACGAUUUCAAUAUAAAUGUAACAGCGGUUAUGAAUACAGUGAAAGGGGAGAUGCUGUAUGCACUGAAUCUGGAUGGCAUCCGUUGCCUUCAUGUGAAGAAAAAACAUGUAAUGCUCCUUAUAUUCCAAAUGGUGUCUACUCACCUUUAAGGAUUAAACACAGAACUGGAGAUGAAAUCAGGUACCAGUGUAUAAAUGGUUUUUAUCCUGCAACCCGGGGAAAUACAGCAAAAUGCACAAGUACUGGCUGGAUACCUGCUCCAAGAUGUACCUUGAAACCUUGUGAUUAUCCAAACAUUAAACAUGGAGGUCUAUAUUAUGAGAGUUUGCGUAGACCAUACUUUCCAGUAGCUGUAGGAAAAUAUUACGCCUAUUACUGUGAUGAAUCUUUUGAGACUCCUUCAGGAAGUUACUGGGAUAACAUUCAUUGCACACAAGAUGGAUGGUCGCCAGCAGUACCAUGUCUCAAAACGUGUUCCAAAUCAAGUAUAGAUAUUGAGAAUGGGUUUAUUUCUGAAUCUCAGUAUACAUAUGCCUUAAAUAAAAAAGCAAAAUAUCAAUGCAAACUAGGAUAUGUAACAGCAGACGGUGAAACAUCAGGAUCAAUUACAUGUGGGAAAAAUGGAUGGUCAGCUCAACCCACAUGCAUUAAAUCUUGUGAUAUGCCAGUAUUUAUGAAUGCCAGAGCUAAAAAUGACAUCACAUGGUUUAAGCUGAAUGACAUAUUGGACUAUGAAUGCCAUGAUGGUUAUGAAAGCACAAAUGGAAGCACCACUGGUUCCAUAGUGUGUGGUUACAAUGGUUGGUCUGAUUUACCCAUAUGUUAUGAUUCUACAGGAAAAUGUGGGCCCCCUCCACCUAUUGACAAUGGAGACAUUACUUCAUUCCCGUUGUCAGUAUAUGCUCCAGAUUCAUCAGUUGAGUACAAAUGCCAGGACUUGUAUCAACUUGAGGGUAACAAGCGAAUAACAUGUAGAAAUGGACAAUGGUCAAAACCUCCAAAAUGCUUACAAGUGAAACCUUGUGAGUUUCCAGAAAUUCAACAUGGAGGUCUAUAUUAUGAGAGUAUGCGUAGACCAUACUUUCCAGUGGCUGCAGGACAAUCUUAUUCCUAUUACUGUGACCGAAAUUUUGUGACUCCUUCGGAAAGUUACUGGGAUUACAUUCAUUGCACACAAGAUGGGUGGUCGCCAACAGUCCCAUGCCUCAGAACAUGCUCACAAUCAGACGUAGAAAUUGAAAAUGGAUUCAUUUCUGAAUCUUCCUCAAUUUAUAUUUUAAAUAAAGAAAUACAAUAUAAUUGUAAACCAGGAUAUGCAACAGCAGAUGGAAAUUCUUCAGGAUCAAUUACAUGUUUGCAAAAUGGGUGGUCAACACAACCAAUUUGCAUUAAACUUUGUGAUAUGCCUGUUUUUGAGAAUUCCAGAGCCAAGAGUAAUGGCAUGUGGUUUAAGCUCCAUGACACAUUGGACUAUGAAUGCUAUGAUGGAUAUGAAAGCAGUUAUGGAAACGCCACAGGUUCCAUAGUGUGUGGUGAAGAUGGCUGGUCCCAUUUGCCAACAUGCUAUAAUUCUUCAGAAAAGUGUGGGCUUCCUCCACCUAUUAGCAAUGGAGAUACCACGACCUUCCCGCAAAAAGUGUAUCUGCCAUGGUCAAGAGUCGAGUACCAAUGCCAGUCCUCCUAUGAACUUCAGGGUUCUAAAUAUGUCACAUGUAGUAAUGGAGAGUGGACAGAACCACCAAGAUGCAUAUUAAUGAAACCUUGUGAGUUUCCAGAAAUUCAACAUGGAGGUCUAUAUUAUGAGAGUAGGCGUAGACGAUACUUUCCAGUGGCUGCAGGACAAUCUUAUUCCUAUUACUGUGACCGAAAUUAUGUGACUCCUUCGGGAAGUUACUGGGAUUACAUUCAUUGCACACAAGAUGGGUGGUCGCCAACAGUCCCAUGCCUCAGAACAUGCUCAAAAUCAGAUAUAGAAAUUGAAAAUGGAUUUAUUUCUGAAUCUUCCUCUAUUUAUAUUUUAAAUAAGGAAACACAAUAUAAUUGUAAACCAGGAUAUGCAACAGCAGAUGGAAAUUCUUCAGGAUCAAUUACAUGUUUGCAAAAUGGAUGGUCAACACAACCAAUUUGCAUUAAACUUUGUGAUAUGCCUGUUUUUGAGAAUUCCAGAGCCAAGAGUAAUGGCGUGUGGUUUAAGCUCCAUGACACAUUGGACUAUGAGUGCUAUGAUGGAUAUGAAAGCAGUUAUGGAAACACCACAGGUUCCAUAGUGUGUGGUGAAGAUGGCUGGUCCCAUUUGCCAACGUGCUAUAAUUCUUCAGAAAAGUGUGGGCCUCCUCCACCUAUUAGCAAUGGAGAUACCACGACCUUCCCGCAAAAAGUGUAUCUGCCACGGUCAAGAGUUGAGUACCAAUGCCAGUCCUACUAUGAACUUCAGGGUUCGAAAUAUGUCACAUGUAGUAAUGGAGAGUGGACAGAACCACCAAGAUGCAUAUUAAUGAAACCUUGUGAGUUUCCAGAAAUUGAACAUGGAGGUCUAUAUUAUGAGAGUAGGCGUAGACCAUACUUUCCAGUGGCUGCAGGACAAUCUUAUUCCUAUUACUGUGACGGAAAUUUUGUGACUCCUUCGGGAAGUUACUGGGAUUACAUUCAUUGCACACAAGAUGGGUGGUCGCCAACAGUCCCAUGCCUCAGAACAUGCUCAAAAUCAGAUAUAGAAAUUGAAAAUGGAUUUAUUUCUGAAUCUUCCUCCAUUUAUAUUUUAAAUAAAGAAACACAAUACAAUUGUAAACCAGGAUAUGCAACAGCAGAUGGAAAUUCUUCAGGAUCAAUUACAUGUUUGCAAAAUGGAUGGUCAACACAACCAAUUUGCAUUAAACUUUGUGAUAUGCCUGUUUUUGAGAAUUCCAGAGCCAAGAGUAAUGGCGUGUGGUUUAAGCUCCAUGACACAUUGGACUAUGAGUGCUAUGAUGGAUAUGAAAGCAGUUAUGGAAACACCACAGGUUCCAUAGUGUGUGGUGAAGAUGGCUGGUCCCAUUUGCCAACGUGCUAUAAUUCUUCAGAAAAGUGUGGGCCUCCUCCACCUAUUAGCAAUGGAGAUACCACGACCUUCCCGCAAAAAGUGUAUCUGCCACGGUCAAGAGUUGAGUACCAAUGCCAGUCCUACUAUGAACUUCAGGGUUCGAAAUAUGUCACAUGUAGUAAUGGAGAGUGGACAGAACCACCAAGAUGCAUAUUAAUGAAACCUUGUGAGUUUCCAGAAAUUGAACAUGGAGGUCUAUAUUAUGAGAGUAGGCGUAGACCAUACUUUCCAGUGGCUGCAGGACAAUCUUAUUCCUAUUACUGUGACGGAAAUUUUGUGACUCCUUCGGGAAGUUACUGGGAUUACAUUCAUUGCACACAAGAUGGGUGGUCGCCAACAGUCCCAUGCCUCAGAACAUGCUCAAAAUCAGAUAUAGAAAUUGAAAAUGGAUUUAUUUCUGAAUCUUCCUCCAUUUAUAUUUUAAAUAAAGAAACACAAUACAAUUGUAAACCAGGAUAUGCAACAGCAGAUGGAAAUUCUUCAGGAUCAAUUACAUGUUUGCAAAAUGGAUGGUCAACACAACCAAUUUGCAUUAAACUUUGUGAUAUGCCUGUUUUUGAGAAUUCCAGAGCCAAGAGUAAUGGCGUGUGGUUUAAGCUCCAUGACACAUUGGACUAUGAGUGCUAUGAUGGAUAUGAAAGCAGUUAUGGAAACACCACAGGUUCCAUAGUGUGUGGUGAAGAUGGCUGGUCCCAUUUGCCAACGUGCUAUAAUUCUUCAGAAAAGUGUGGGCCUCCUCCACCUAUUAGCAAUGGAGAUACCACGACCUUCCCGCAAAAAGUGUAUCUGCCACGGUCAAGAGUUGAGUACCAAUGCCAGUCCUACUAUGAACUUCAGGGUUCGAAAUAUGUCACAUGUAGUAAUGGAGAGUGGACAGAACCACCAAGAUGCAUAUUAAUGAAACCUUGUGAGUUUCCAGAAAUUGAACAUGGAGGUCUAUAUUAUGAGAGUAGGCGUAGACCAUACUUUCCAGUGGCUGCAGGACAAUCUUAUUCCUAUUACUGUGACGGAAAUUUUGUGACUCCUUCGGGAAGUUACUGGGAUUACAUUCAUUGCACACAAGAUGGGUGGUCGCCAACAGUCCCAUGCCUCAGUAAACAAUGUAUUCUCAGUUAUUUGGAGAAUGGAUAUAACACAAAAUAUGAAGGAACAUAUUUACAGGGUCAAUCUGUAAACGGAGCAUAUCCUGGCUACGGUCUUCCAAAUGUGCAGACCGCAGUUCCGUGUACAGAGGAUGAACGGUCUCCUCCUCCCAGAUGCAUUCGUGGCAGAACAUGCUCACAAUCAGAUAUAGAAAUUGAAAAUGGAUUUAUUUCUGAAUCUUCCUCUAUUUAUAUUUUAAAUAAAGAAAUACAAUAUAAAUGUAAACCAGGAUAUGCAACAGCAGAUGGAAAUUCUUCAGGAUCAAUUACAUGUUUGCAAAAUGGAUGGUCAGCACAACCAAUUUGCAUUAAUUCUUCAGAAAAGUGUGGGCCUCCUCCACCUAUUAGCAAUGGAGAUACCACAUCCUUUCUACUAAAAGUAUAUGUGCCACAGUCAAGAGUUGAGUACCAAUGCCAGUCCUACUAUGAACUUCAGGGUUCUAAUUAUGUAACAUGUAGUAAUGGAGAGUGGUCAGAACCACCAAGAUGCAUACUUUCUGCAGAAAAAUGUGGGCCCCCUCCACCUAUUGACAAUGGAGACAUUACUUCAUUCCCAUUGUCAGUAUAUGCUCCAGAUUCAUCAGUUGAUUACCAAUGCCAGAACUUGUAUCAACUUGAGGGUAACAAGCGAAUAACGUGUAGAAAUGGACAAUGGUCAGAACCACCAAAAUGCUUACAUCCAUGUGUAAUAUCACAAGAAAUUAUGGAAAAAUACAGCAUAACAUUAAAGUGGACAAACCAACAAAAGCUUUAUGCAAGAACAGGUGACAUAGUUGAAUUUGUUUGUAAAUCUGGAUAUCAUCCAACAAAAUCUCAUUCAUUUCGAGCAAUGUGUCAGAAUGGGAAACUGGUAUAUCCCAGUUGUGAAGAAAAAUAG